AUGAACAGAUGUUUCACAGACGGAGCAUGGAGGGAAGAUGGACUAGCCGCAGGCAUGGGUUGGAGAAUCGAGUCGAAUCGCAAGAUCUUUGUGGGACAGGGAUCAAAAGUUAUGGAUUUUGUGAAAUCCCCCUUGAUGGCGGAAGCCCUUGCAAUCCGCUUUGCCCUCAAUCAUGCCCUCGAAUUGGGAUUGGAAACCAUCUGCAUCGCAUCCGAUGCAUACGAACUAAUCCGAGUUUUAAACCUUGGACAAAACCGAACAGAAAUCUUUGAGAUUCUUCACGACAUCUACAAACUUUCCUCUCAAUUUCUUGAUGUUGCUUUUAUCUUUAUUCCGAGAGAAACCAAUUUAGUGGCGGAUUCUCUGGCAAAACAAUAUCUCCAUGCCCUUUCAAUGGUAUCGGAGAUAAACCCGAGUGUUUAA